AUGAUAGGAAAAGCCUCUAUGGUUGCACUCACAAUCCUGUUCCUUGUGGUAAAUGGUGCUCCAGUCGAUCCGAACCCAGCUCCAGUAUCGAAAGCGAUCGCGCUCAUCCAUCAUCUAUCCUAUCUGAUCGACUAUCUGGUGCAGUACGUGUUGGGCAGUGAACAUGACCGAAAAACGCCUCAGGAUGCAGCGGACUAUUAUCAGACGGCGCUGGUAGAGGGGAAAAAUCCACCCGGACAGGAUACGAAGGGUCUCAAGCCGGAUAAUGGACGCGCGCGUCAGGAAACGGAAAUCAUACACAAAAUGAUGAAGGUCUAA